GAGACUCAUACCUUCCACCUCAUGGUUAGCGAGACAACAAUCACGUUGCAAGAUGUGGCAGUUAUAAUGGGACUUCAUACAGAGGGAAAUUGGCCAGCAUUAGUUCAUGAGCUACUAAGGGUUUGGCCAGAAAACCCUCAAGACCCUACACAACCGCAGAUCAUCACUGGAUCAUUGUUGAAGUUGAUUUGGCUCAGAGAGCAUUUUAGCGCGCUAGAGGAUGACACGGAUGAUAUUACGGUGGAUAGACAUGUGCGAGCAUACAUUUUGUACCUGUUCGGAUGCAUCUUGUUUCUAGACAAGAGCCGUGACUCGGUACAGUUGAUCUAUCUCCCUCUACUAGGAGACUUGGAGCGGGUUGAUGAGUAUAGUUAGGGAAGUGCUACCCUAGCGUAUCUGUAUCGUAAUUUAUGUCGAGCAUCUCGUAAGGGUGCCAAGGACAUUGGAGGCUGCUUGAUGUUGUUACAGAUAUGGUCGUGGGAGCAUAUUCAUAUAAGGAGGCCUAUAAUUCGGACGAUUCGACCCGCUGGGCAACAUGAUCAGGAAGAUGACGUGGAGGAUUUUGAACCGGUGUUAGGUUCACAGCAUCGUCGUGGGAUGGAUCCUUUAGCAGUAAGUUGGCUUCGUGUAUAUCAUUCGAGGUCCCACUCCCCACAUACUCUCGUCUACUACAGAGACGCUCUUGAUCGACAAGGGACGAGCAUGUUAUUAACUUUUACUAUUUGUAUUAGUUAUGAAUAAAUUUUUUAUAUUACAGAGUAUAUUGAUUUCUAUUACAGAUGACAUGGUAGCCUUACACAGCGGCUAAGAUGGACGCUCUACCACACAUAUGUACAUCGGGCCACGAGAUUUGGAUAUCGCGUUGUCUACUUAUUUUCUUUGACAUCAUCGAGCUACAUCUCCCGGAUCGUGUCAUGCGUCAAUUCGGUUUAGAGCAGGUUAUUUCGCAUGCCUGUGACACCCAACCUCAACUACAUGCGAUUGAUCGAAGGACUGGGGACAAAAACUACGUCGUACGACAUAGAUCGCAGGUAGAUGCGUGGAAUGACCGAGCAUCUCGAUUGGUUCGAGGAGAUAACUACACCGGUCAUAGCUCUGGUACGUACAUGAAUUGGUAUAGGCGUAUCUCCAUAUUACGCCUAACGAAUACCACAUUUGCGCAGCCAGGAUCACAUUACCAUCCGACAUCUACGUUACUGGCUGAGCGCAUCCGAUCGGUGCUUAUACAAUGCAAUGACACGAUUCACGGGGCCGCUACAUCGCCAGUUGGUGUGGGGUAUCGGCUAUGUUCUCAGACCCUUGGCUCCAUUAACGCGUCAUUGACCGAUGCAUGGUAUGAGUACCUCAUUCCGACUCCACCCAUCAUUGGCGAGGUACAUGACACAUUCCACACUCCUUCUCCACGGAGUUCGGCCCACCGAGGUAGCUCUUCCGGAGGAUCAAGUACUCGGUCCACAAGAGGUCGCGAGCGUUCAUUUACUCGAGGUCGGUCUUCCAGAUCCCCAUCGCCAUUCGUUCCUCCAGCUUCCAUGACCACUCCUCCUCCACAUCUAUCGCCUCCGCAAAGGAUCAUCACAUAUCAGCGUGCUAGUCAACGACGAGCUCCUGCUCUUAAAAUCAUUGCAGAGGUUGAUGAGUAUAAACCAUCAUCAUCCACCGGUAUUGAAAAUGUAUAA